AUGACAAAUACGACAGAUGCGACUGAUACGACAAAUACGACCGACACGACAGUUACGACCGAUACGACAAACACGACCGAUAUGACAAAUACGACAGAUACGCCAAACACGAGCGAUACGACAGAUACGUCCGACACGACAAACACGACAGAUACGACAAACACGACAGGUACGACCGAUACGACAGAUACGACUGACACGACAAAGACAACAGAUACGACAAACACGAACGACAAGACAGAUGCGAUCGAAAUGACUGACACGACAAAUACGACAAACACGACCGAUACGACCGAUACGACAGAUACGACCGAUACGACAGAUACGACCGAUACGACACAUAAGAGAAACAUGACAGAUAGGACAAAUACGAUCGACACGACAAAUACGACCGACACGGCAGAUACGACAGAUAUGAUAAAUAAAGAACGACACGACCGACACAAAACAUACAACAGCACCACAGAUAGGACAAACGUGACUAGACUAAGUCUAAAGCUAAGCCGCGGAAACAACGAGAAAUUCUCACUAAAGCCUACGGAAUGUACUCAUAAAGUUUCUUACUAA